GUUCACGGUGAGCAAACACUUCUUACUUUGAAUUUCUGCUCCAAUGUAUAAUUCUUCUAUAAAAGAUGAGGGUGGGGAUUAAUGUGGUUUUAGUUACUAAAAAGCCUGUAAAACCUGGCCACGACUUGUACAUGAAAACAGGAGAAGGUGCAGCAUGCCCUGGGCACAGGGCUUGGCCAGAAAAUGAUGGCCAAGGGUCCUGCUGACAGCUGGCAGUAGUUUUGGACCUGCAGAGAAGGUAAUUCUCAAAACUGGGACUAAACUGAGGGGAUGAUUGUAGGGCAGAGGCAGAGGGGGAGCUGCCCAGUGUCAUUUGUAAUCCUUAGUGGCAUUUUCUGAACUGUGCUAGAAGUGUGUUUAUUGUAGUGUUUACUAAUUAUUAAAAAAAAAAACAACAAAAACAGUUUUGACACCUUUGAUGCCUCAGUGUCUUUCAGAACUAGAAGCCCUGACAUACUGCAGGCCAGGUCUCUGCCAAGGUUAGAAUUUUUUAGGCAGGUCUGAGGAAGAUGAGAUACAACACUUGACUGUACCAUGGAUCCAUGGGUGUGUGCUGAAGACAAGGUGGAGCUGCAGGGCUUUAGGGGGAAUUCCAGCUGAGAUCAUGCCCCUUCCCCAACUCCUUAGAGUCCAUGCCAAUGUGCAUCUUGCACUGUCCCUACAGAAAGAAUCAUGUGUUCUUCUUGCAUUGCCACCAGACUGCUCUGCUAGGCCAGUGCACAGGCAGCCAGAAAGGUGGCUGGGUGUGUGGUCCUGAUAUACCUUUGCCCAAGGCCUCGCCACCACUGUAGAGCCAUGGUUGGAGUAAUGGGGUGGGAGGGCAUGCCUGCACCUUGGCAUGCUCUAGCCAGAUAAACUUGCCACUGGCUUCUGCUUAUGUGGAGUACAUCUGAGAAUAUGCUUGCUUGGGACUAUCCAUUUGCAGUGGCUUUGGAAGCUGACCUAAGUCCCUGCUGGCCCCAGCUGACAUUAGCCUCUGCUGAUGAGAACCAUAGUAGCCUAUUGGGAGAAAAGCAGGUAAAGGUGUCUGGAAAAAGUGGCCAGGGGCCUUAUAAGCCUAGACCUGUGGAAGGAGCCUGGGAUUGGUUCCUGCCAGGCUCAGGAAAGUAGCUAUGCAGGGCUUUUGAGACUGAAGAUAAGAGCUUUAUGUUGCACGAUUUGUUCAUAUUCCUGUUUAAAAGUCAUGAGGCAUGGGAGUGGCUGAAAGGGCAGAAAGCGGCCACAGUGAGCACCUAGGGCAGCUACUGAAGCUGUACUGAUUUGCCUUCUGAGGACUGCAGACUGCAAGGAAGGGCAGCCUGGACUCUGCAGAGGCCACAACCAGGCUGUGCUGAGAGGCCAAGGAGUGAAGCAGACCGCAACAAGGGUGGGGCUGGGCACACAACCUCUUUCGGGAACAUGGCCAAGGAAGACAGAGGGAGAGAAAGAGGAACAGAGAUCUCUUAAGCAGAUUAGGAGUUUCCACCUAGCAAUGUACUUAAUCAAGAAAUCAAGAAUCAAGAAAGCUGGAAGAGUGCACCACAUGCCCAGAGAGAACUCACCAAGGUCUGUGAUGGAUCUGGAGAAGAAGACUGAACCCCUUCUAGACAGAGAUGCUAGGGAGGCCAGCUCUUCCCAGUCCACCAUGGCAGGAAUCACAGGAUAUCAAGAAACACAGACACCCCUUGAAGUGCCAGCCCUGACAGCCCACGAGACUCACCACAUCUUCAUCAGUUACAGCAGCAUGGACUCAGCCUGGGCCCGGGGACUGAUUCAGAAGCUGGAGGCCACCCUUCCUGAGCUGAAGGUGUGUUUCCAUGAGCGGGACUUCAUGCCUACCAAAACCUUAAGUGAGAACAUGGUUGAGUCCAUCCAGAGAAGCCAGAAGAUCCUCUUAGUCCUGAGCCCGGACUUUGUCCAGAGCAGGUGGUGCUUGCUGGUGGCCAACCUGUCCAUCUUCCGAGACUGCAUUGAAAGGAAGCCUGUGAUCCCCGUCAUGCUGCAGACCUGCUCUGUCCCACUGCACCUCACCCACCUGACCUGCCUUGACACCAGUGACGUGCAUUUCUUUGUCAAAGUCAGCAAGGUGAUCUGCACUCCCAAUCACCAGAUGCAGAAUGCUACCAUGGUGCCUUACAACCCCCCAUCCCUCUACAACGGCAAAGCCCUGUUGACCUUAUGUGCAGUAAAUGAGCAUAUCCUAUUGAAACGGUCAGGGGGUAUAUUCAGUGACGUGGUCCCUGAUCAGCUGAGCAUGGUGAGUGAUGAUCCUGAGUUGUACAGGACAGCCAUCCAGAUGAUUAAUAAGGUUUCCUCUAGGACGGUCCCUUGUUCUCCUGCCAUCUGUUUUUUUGUCUUUUGGACCUGUCUUUUUGCAACCUUAAUAUAUACUUAUUUCUUGGCCCUAGAACAUUUGGACCCAGAAAACGAAUUGUUUAUGUGGGUGUAUGAGUGCACUGGGUAUAUGUUGCUCGCCCUGGUCCUAGUCACAACUGUUGCACUUGUCAGCUGCAUUUACCACUACAACGUUAAAUUACCUAAUGUGAAACUCCUGGAGAUGUCCCAAGUUGCCGGCUUGGCCAGCUGCCUGCUGCAGAAGAACUCCCUACUGAUGGGGUGUGCGUCCCGCGUGGAACUCCACUUUGUCUACAUCUCCCUGGAGGGGUGUAGGAAGGAGUUUGCUGACACCUUCGGGGAGAGCAGCCCCUGUGCUGAAAAGAUGUUCCAAAGAGCCCUGCAUUAUUUCUCCUCUGAUUAUGCCUGCUUUGUAGCCAAGAAGUAUUUCCUCUUCUCCCAGGCAGAGGCCAUGCCAGGGCACUGGGAUAAAGGGCCUUGUUUUGCCAGUUUGUUUCUCACUGCGUGAGGGAAGGGUCCUGGUGCUGGAAUGCUUCUCACUGAGAAAGGAGAAUGAGAGAGAGCUAGGAUUUGAUUCAAUACGGAGAUACAGACACUGAACAGGAAUUGUGUUCUGGUCCUGGUUACUUAAAUACCUACCCCCUUAUUUGUUAAGGAUGAAAUAGAAGAGGAAGAAAAUCUCCUCUUUUCACACCAAGGGAAGAAUAUGCCUGAGGUCAAGCCCCAGAACUCCAGACAACCUUCCUGCUAUAUCUUCAGGUGUCAGUGUGGGUUUUUGAUUUGUCUAACUGAAACGCCACAAUGACAGGUGCAGAUUCUGGAGGUAGCUUUAAGUGUAAGUUAUAGAUAUAUGCCUGCAGUUGUAUGGGCUGAAUGCUGAAAAUAUAAUCAAUAUGUGGUAGCCUGGGAAAUUAAAGCAAAAUUUGCAGGUCAAGGCCACCAAGAUUGGGCUAGACCAUAUGCAGAUAAUAGCUUUUUUGUAAAGUGCUAAUAGUAGUUAAGUAUAACAAUUGCAGUAACUAGUGUAAACUUUUGAUAAGAAUGAUAUGUAGCCAGCUAGAAUUCUAUUAAAAUGAUAGUGUGUUCUGGUUGAGUGGAUAUGGUAAAGAGGAAAUGUGUAUGUCCCUAUUGACAGCCUUGACCAUUUUUCAAGGGGCCUCAGUUACACUAUGGUAGGGUGACUGAAGUGGAGGACCUCAGGUCUUUUUUUCUGAAUGCCUGAAGCGUGAACAUUUGUGGACCUGACAGCUAGUCUGGUCUGAAAAGGUCAACUUAGAGCAAAAGUCCUGAAGGGAGGCAUAUUAUAAAUGCUUUCAUAAUAAUCCAAAUAUAGUUUAUCAUAGCGUUAGCUUGAAAUUAUUGCCAGUAAUAACUGAAGUUAUCAACUAUGUAAGAUGUAGUUUUGCUAUAAUGAAUAUAUUUGAGUUAAGUUUUUCGAAUAAGGUACAAAAUCAAAGCAGCCUUCUUAGUGAAAAUCAUGAACCCAGGUGAAAUCAAAACAAGACAGGGACAAGCAGCAUUGCAGGAUAGUGAAGAACAGCAGUGUAAUUUUCACAAAGACAUAAAUCUCAACUCCUUGACAACUACUAGUCUAUAUUAACGCUCCCUGCCUCAAAAAAAACAAACAAACCCAACCCCUUGAUUCUAUCCAGUUCCUCAAGUUUCAGUUAAACAAAGACAUUGGAAUAAUCCAAUUAGAGAUAUUUAAUCAGAACAAGCCAUACAUAAAUAUAUGGCGUAUAGUCCAGGGAAACAGAAGAAUUCCAAAAAUUCAAGACAACCUGCCAGUCUAACUCCUAUCCUGAACCUCCCCUCCUGAAUAUCCCCAGAUGGUAUAGGUGAGAAUUUGCAUUGUGCUCUUGUAUGUUGCUAGACACAACUGUGAUAAUAUUUAUUCUUGUGCUUUGGGGUGUAAAGAAUAAAAAGGUUGGGCUGUAACGUGUCUCUUGUGUCUUUUUUAUAACUUGUGUGGUAGUAACAACCUAUCUGCUAAAAAGGGCUGGGGAACCAUCGGGAAAAAUAAUAAUUAACAGAAGUGAAACUACCUGAAUCUUAUAUUUAAGAAAGAUAAACAUUAAGGGAAUUGAAACCACUCCUUAAUUCUGUUCCUAAGCGUGCAUAGGGGUCCUAUCCAUAAAUGGGCUGUAGCCUUAUCUCUCUAAAGGUGAAAUAUUCAGAUUAUGCUAAUAUAUGGUGAGGUGUGGCUGUCUUUCUCCAGAGCCCCUCAGUGCAAGGAUUAGUCCCUAUGUGGGUGGGCAUUCCAGGAACAGGUGAAGGUGUGUGACCAUGACCCCAGCCUCAUAGCAUCAGCCAAUGGAGCCACCAAGGACAAGGGGUUGGGGCACACCCCACACUGCGUCCAUCUAAAGGUGUUCACUGUCUAUUCACAUCAGAUAAAUAAAAACCUAUAUAGUGGGGAAGGAGUAAAUGACCAGGUUUGACAUUCAGUUGUGGGGACAGGGAGAAGUAUUCAUGUACUCUCGGCUCUCUUCCCAUGCCUGCAUCUCUCCACCAAGACCCCUGAAGAGAAAAGAUACUUGGGUACUAGUUUUUUGGCAUAUGCUUUUGAAUGGGAAACAGGUAGGCUGGUGUUGUUCCUGGGGUACAGCCAUAGGGCAGAAACUACUUAGGGAAGGGAGGGAGAUCCUCAUAUACCAGUCACAACCACCUGGGAUACCAGUACUAAAUUAUUGGUAGUGGAAGACCACAUAUUGGUCAUUUCUUAGGGAAAUGCUGUCCUCUUUGCUGAACAGGAUCCUAGUAAUCCAGCUUGUAUCUUCAUAUCAUUUGUGCUUCCAAACCAGUGCAUGGCUUAGAGUUAUAAGCUGUCUAUAAAUUUCCCAGCAGUCUGUAGGAAAAAAAAAAGAAGCUAAAAACAAUUGUCCUUAAAAAAACACCUUGAGCUGUCCAUAAAAUAACAACACCCCUGCCCCCACUACCACCACCCAAACUAGGAAACAGUGGCUGUGUCUAUA